AUGGCCUUCUUCAAGAGCUUUCAACAGAACCUCCCAUCCGUCAACAUUUCUUCCAUCUUGGACUCGGUCAGCAGCAAAGUGGACGACCUGGCAAACGCCGUCAGCGACGUCACGUACGCCGUCAGCGACCAGUUGACCGAGCAGGUCAACACCAUCAUCAACAAGGUCCAGGAGGAGGAGGACGGAGAGAAGGAGUCGGCGCGGACAUCCGCUGAGCAGGACGGGAAAGCUGGGAACAGAAGCGUUGGGCCAGAAACGACAAGAUCGAGCUCGAAAACCAACCAAAGUAGCCACGAGGUCGAGGAGGACUACGCGCAAAGCCGGCUGGAGUGGGAAUGGAGGGACGGGUGUUGGCGGGUGAAGAAGACGGAAGCCGAGAUAGCGGAGGAAGAGAGGAGGAAGAAGGAGGAGAAAGAGUUGCAGGAGAAGAUGGAGCAGAGGAGGAAAGAAAGGAGGGAGAAGCGCUUGGAGAAAGCCGCCAUGUCCAGGACCAAUGAAGAACCUUCGCGAGAGGGACAGGAAGAGGACGCGGAAGACAAUGAGUUAAAAAAAACAGGCGAAGAAGCGAGUGCCGGCGAAGACGCAACUCAGCCCAGCGGACGCAAAGAAUGGGAUCGAGCGACUCCGUCAUCGGAGCCUCAAAGUGAGAGUUUAUGCGAACAGGAGGAGGAAAAGCGCAGCCUGGGGAGGGAAGGCGACGACGAGGGAGCGCCGGACGCCACGAGAACUAAAGUCAAAAAGAAGGAGAAAGUCGCUAAGAAAGCUGAGAAGGAGGCAAAGAAGAAGGAGAAAGGCAAGAAGAACAAAAAGAAAGACAAACGCAAGCAAGAUGCGGUUUUGACAGACAGCGACGAGGACAGAGAUCCGGAGUCUGUGGUCCAGUCCAACGUGACUACAUUGUGCAGUAGCAUAAACAAGGAGGCCACAGAGCAGGAAGGCUACAGCAGUGAAGCCUCCGGUGAACAUGCCAGCAGCAUCCAGAAGAUAAAGAAAGUGCCUUCCCUCACGGAGGGCCAGCCUCCUCCCUAUCAGGAUCGGGUCUCGGUGGGCCACGUGUCCUCCUCCCGCUCCAGAGUCCGCAGGGGGUCGUCCCCUCAGCGCUGCUCCAGUGAGGCGAGUGUGGACCAGGACAGCGGGAGCUAUGUCAACAAAGGCUGCGAGGAGGACAUACCUAGUGACAGCACUGCUGUGGUGGGGCCCGAGAACAGUUCUGGUCCACUGCUCCCUUCAGCCUACGAGCCGGAACCCCUGGCCAAGUACGGGACCCUGGAUGUGGCCUUCGAGUACGACUCCGACGAGCAGUGGCUGGCCGUCACGGUCACCGCGGCGACGGACAUCCCCGCUCUCAAACAGACGGGCAACAUCUCGUGGCAAGUCCACCUGGUACUGCUGCCCACCAAGAAGCAGCGGGCCAAGACGGGCGUCCAGAAGGGCCCGUGCCCGGUCUUCGCCGAGACCUUUAAGUUCUCCGGGGUGGAACAGGACGCGCUGAGCGACUGCGCCGUUCGAUUUCGCUUGUACAGCAUCAGACGGAUGAAAAAGGAGAAGGUCCUGGGCGAGAAGGUGUUCCACCUCACGAAGCUCAACCUUCAGGGGAAAAUCGCUCUUCCUGUCACCCUGGAGCCUGGCUCGGAACUUACGGGUUGCGGCUCGGUGGUGAGCGUGUCCCGCAGCGCAGGAGGCGUGUCCUACCGCUCCGCCGAGGAUCCGUCCCCGCCGGAGAUCCUCCUGGGCCUCGUGUACAACUCGGCCACGGGACAUCUAUCCGCCGAGGUGAUCCAGGGGAGCCACUUCAAAAGCGCGGCAUCCGAUAAACCCAUCAAUGGUCUGUUUUGUUGUUUAAAGCAUUUUGUUGGGGGACAACUUUAUAUCAUGAGAGACACAUACGUGACGCUGACCAUGCUGGACUCCAAGGGGAAGGAGAUGUCCAAGUUCAAGACUGCGGUGUGUCGCGGGCAGCCCAGCCCCGCCUACAAAGAGACCUUCGUCUUCCAGGUGGCGCUCUUCCAGCUGUCCGACGUGUCGCUGGUGCUGUCCGUGUUCUGCCGCCGGAGCAGCAUGAGGCACCGAGAGCGCCUGGGCUGGGUCUCCUUGGGCCACAGUAGCACCGGCGAGGAGCAACUGGCCCACUGGACCGAGAUGAAGGAGGCCGAGGGGCAGCAGGUGUGUCACUGGCACACGCUCACCGACACAAAGGGCCUGAUUUGCUAAAGGUUUACGUCCUUCUGCAAAAAUGGGCACAAACUUGUUUGUUCACACAAACGUGGAAGAUGUGGAAGCUGAUCUAUGAACCGGGUGCACCCAGGAUCGCGUCUGCCAAACGCCCAAAAACCGCCGCACAUUCAUUUGCGUGCAUCCUGGGGAGGGGGGACGCGAAUUGAUUGGAUGAUGUCAGCACACACGAUGUGAUAACUGCUGUGCACGAGGAUGACUGCGGUUAUUUUUGUCGAGGGGGAGGCACGACGAAAAUCCAAUUCACGCGUUUGAUUUACAGCUCAUGUUUAAAAAUAACAGGGUUGACCCCCAAGUGCUGUACAUUCUAUUUAAAGACCAUCACAGAUUUGUACUCAUUUAAAUGCAUUAAAGGUUUAAGGAAGUUAAAUGCUGAAAAGGUGCAAAGGCAGAACAAUGAAUAACUUAAUUGACGUACUCCGGGGUCCAGCGAGCGUCGCCCCCUCACCCACUUCAGAAGAACUUGAGCAAAUUACGUUAUGCAGUUAGCAUCGAAAACCGUUCUCAAAUCCACCGUCGCCGCCACCUUACAGUAAGAUUGUUGGUUGCGAGUGCAUGGACAUCACGCAAAAUACAGAGAAUCCGGCUGUGGACUGGGGCUUCGGGCUGGCGUGGCCACUUUAGAGUGCCUUGUUGUUGGCUGUAAGUGCGCGCACAUUACUGAGAGAAGGCAGAAGCCUGCGGGGGGAGUCAUCUUAGGGCUGUUGUCAGGAGAUUUGCACUGGUGGGGCCACUUUAUUAUUACGCAGGGUGGGCACAAACGGUACAUCCAGUGACCAUGCGCUCUGAUCAAACGAAAUAUCUUGCGGUUCCCGACAUCCUCAACUUUAUCAGAGCGACGGAUGAUUUUUGGUUAACGCUACCAAUUCCAAGAGCAGCACGGUGGAGUGCCUGUGGAGUGUUGGCCUCACAGUUAUGAAGAUCAGGGUUCAAAUCCCGACCCCCGGCUGUGUCGAGUUUGCAUGUUCUCCCCGCGACUGCGUGGGUUUUCUCAGGGCACUCCUGUUUCCUCCCACAUCCCAAAAAUGUGCAUUCAUUGGAGACUCGAAAUUGUUCUUGACUCUUGGCACUCUAAAUUGCCCCUAGGUGUGAUUGUGAGUGCGGCUGUUUGUCUCGAUGUGCCCUGCGAUUGGCUGGCAACCAGUUCAGGGUGUACCCUGCCUCUUGGCCGUUGAGAGCUGGGAUAGGCUCCAGCGCUCCCCGCGACCCUCGUGAGGAUAAGCGGCAAAGAAAAUGGAUGGAUGGAUGGACUACCAAUUCCAUGAUUCCAGAACAAAUUUUUGAGCUUGUGGCACCAUUUAGGAUCUUAGUAAAAGAUCACAAUCUUCGUAAAUCACGUGGAACACGGCCACCAACCGCGCAUGCAACAUGUUAGAGCAGGGGUUUCAAACUCAUUUUUGUCGAAGGCUGCAACGUCAUUUCAAUUUCCCUCGGAGGGCUGUUAUGACAGUAAAACCAUACCUCACUAUAUUCUUUCAGAUGCACAAGUUGAGGAAUAAUAGUUUGUUCCACUAUUGAUCAAGUCACUGUAUAAAGGGGAUUGGUAGCAGAAAAUGCCAUAUCGCAACAUUAAUGUUUAUUACAUAUGACAAUUUUGACACAGAAAUAAAUGAAUGCGGGAGAAAGCAGGCAUACCCGGAGAAAACCAACGCAAGCUUGGGGAGCCUGAAAUUGACACGGCAACCUGGCCCAAUGUGGGAGGGAUGAUAAUCCGCAAAAUUCUUUGUGGAGAUUGUCGAGAUUUUGUCAACAAAUGAUUUGAAAAAUUCGCCAGGGAAUCAGUCGGCACGUUUUCCCCCCACUGCAUCGACAUCAAGGUAGAUUUCAGUUCUUCAGGAGUCACAGGUGUAUCCAGUUUGACAGAUAUGUCAGGAUCUCAUGAACGGGGUUUCUAAAACGUACGGCUUUAUGUCUCAUUGAAAACCUUCCAUUUUAACGGGGCGGCGCAUUCCCUUUGAGAGUCCACCGCAACGCCUACACACAUUUGCAUGCAACCUGCAGCAAACGUUUACAUUGCGAAGAGCCUUUCAACGCCACGUAAGACAUUUUCUCUCGGUACCGUCGGGACCAAAGAAUGUCACCGGCAUGCAGAAAAACGGCUACCGACACGCAAAAAUGCAUUGACUGUUAAAAAAAAAAAGGGCAUAUUCGUGAAGAUUGCAACUAUGCUAACAAGCUGUGCUUUUUUUCCUUCUAAUUAACAAGAGUCAUCCUUUUAUUAUCAGUCAAGAGGUUUACAGUUUUUCGAGAAGGAACUUGCAAAACUGGGUGUACGUGAUGUAAGAGGGGAUUCAAACCGUAGUCUUUAUAGUCUUGGUGUGGGUUAACAAAGAGCCGCUCGUCUUCUCGUGUCGGAACAGACGAAGAACUCUUUGACUGGCCAACCUUGACACGUGGGCUGCGUCUAUUCACUCACGAAUGCGGCGCUUUCUGCUGAGCGAUACCCGCACGGCCUGGUCGGUGGCUCGGUCUCGUUUCACCCCCCCCCCCCCCCCCCGUUCCGAGUGAACGGAACCUGUAACCAUGGAGAGGAAACAUGCAGAGAUACAGUGGAAACUCGAGAUUCAAUUAGCCUAAAAUUGGUACUGGUACAAAACCCCAAUGCCCGUCCAUUUCUUGACAUUGCAGCUACAUAACCGUGCCACUAUUCCCUUUUUAACAUGCCCCACUCCUGCCCCGGAACAAAUCCAGGUCAACUUUAGAGGUUCCACUGUUGGAAAAAAAAAAAACCCAAAAACUUAAAACUGUCGAACAGACUUGCCAAGUGAGUGUACGAUGGGACCAGUUUUUCCCCUUUCGGGUUUCAGUGGCCUCCGAGCUGAACCUCAGAGUCUUCCUGCAUGGAAACGUCUUUGUCAACAAUGACAUUCAUCAGAUGCCAUGGAAACCAGAUGACUCCUGUUUAAAUGGAAACAAAGUCAUUUUUUUUUUUUAUUUCCGUUCACUUGCCUCCCAUCUCCUGCCGGUUCCGAACAACGGACCUCUCCACCCGCACUGAAGGAUGGGCAAGUUUGACUCGCUCAAUGCGCUUUACGUAACAACUGCAGAAUCCAGCAGAAACGUUCCCUGCGCUGAGCUGUGGAAAACCAGCUGUGCCACAGAACCCGCCCCAAGCGCGGGUUAAAAAAAAAUACCAGCUGAACCGUUUAGUGCCUCAGAUGUGGGAGGUCUAGAAUAAAGAAACCCCCCAGAGGUCUUCAUGAAACGUGUAGAGGGGCAUUACGGGAAGGAAUAUUAACAUUUCCAACGUAAAGGGAAAAACUGCAACCAAAAUUUGUCCAUGAU